UGACAGCCUGCUGCAUACAACAUACAAAAUCAACCUGUGAAAAAAAUCAUACCUUAAAUUAUUCUUUGAUCACACCACUUCACAAACUAAUACUUUAUAAUAACGUAUCUAUAUUUUAAUGCUUCUUACGUACAGAUAUUAUUAUUUCUGCUAAGAUGAAUAUAGAUAUUCAAGGUAAAUAAUAUUUUGUAAAACAGUGAAUAAAUAAACUUCAGGAUAAAAUGGUGAAAAACAGGACUGUGCAGUUUGCCUGCAGAAAUGUCACCACCCAACUCAACUUCCAUGUGGCCAUAUAUUUUGCUUCCUCUGUGUUAAGGGUGUAGCAAUCCAAAAUAAAAAUUGCGCAAUGUGCCGGGCACAAAUACCUGCGGACUAUUUAGAUCAUCCUGUAUUAUUAGAAAAAAAUUCUCAACAGCAAUCAGCUGAUGAAAAUGAAAGUGUUGAAAACCAGUGGUAUUAUGAAGGGCGAAACGGUUGGUGGAAGUAUGAUGAGCGUAGUAAUAAUGAGUUGGAAUCAGCAUUCAGUGCUGGUGACCCUAAUUGUGCGUUGCUCUUGGCUGGAGCUGUAUACACGAUAGAUUUUCAAAGCAUGAUCCAGUUUCGUCGUAACGACCCGACUCGCAGGCGACGCGUGCGCAGAGAUACGCCAACGUUACCUGCCAAAGGUGUAGCUGGAAUAAAAAAUAUUGGAAAUAGUAAUUCAGAACAAAUGAAAACAAAUGAUGAAGAUAAUGGUAAUGAUGAGGUCAUAAUAGUUGAAGCGCCUGAAAAUGAAGUGAUAAUAAUUGAGGAUGAAGACCAAAUUAAUGAAAGUGACAAUCUUGAUGAGUCAAUUGAAAUUGUCCAUGCUCUGAGCACGAUACAUUUGGUGGACCCAGAGUCGCCUAGUAACGUUGGGAAUGACUCGGCAGAUGACACAUGAUAAAUAUCAAAUUACGUACAGUAGCGUAAAUGAUGAAUUUAUACAGUAAUAAAAAAGUAAACUACAUAAAUGAGCUCUCAUAAGUUAGCCAUGGAUGAAUAAAUUUCAUUAACGUCCGUUUGUAUUAUUCGAAAUGUAAAUACAGAGGGCUUAGUGCGAGUUUAGUUUACAUCAAACAUCCUCACUAGUGUGAGCGCGUCAAAAAAAUAUAUGAUAAUUUUGGUUCUUGAAAGUUUCCGCUAGGGGCGCUGUACAAUCCGUCAUACAUUUAAUGUCUUUUUUUUACGCUUUACGAGACGACAUUUGAUGUAAACUCACACUAAGCCCUCAGUUCUAUAGGGUGUUAGGUAAAUGGGUAUAUGAGCCGACACUAGCCCAUGUUAACAUGGUCAUAUAAAUGGUAUGGUGAAGUCAGAUAAUUGAUAUCUUCAUUUUAAUUAUUUUAUUUUUCAUACAAAUCAGAUUUUACAAAAUUUAUUUUGUAUGAAAAUAAAAAAUAAAAAAUGAUGAUAUCAAAUUUCUGACUUCACCAUACCAUUUAUAUGCCCAUGUUAACAUGGGCUAGUGUCAGCUCAUAUACCCAUUUACCUAACAUCCUGUAUAGACUUUGUUAAAUUAAAGGCUUAACCGUUAAAGGGUGUUUUCGGUUACUCCAGCUCAGACAGGUUCUAAUUUCGUGGUAGUACUAUGGGUAGUACCUACCUAAGACAGGCGUGGAUCCAGCCCUCAAAAAGUAUAUUUUUUUCAAAUUCAUAGGCUCAAUAGACUGCGAGUGUAAUGUCACAAGCCUAUAGUUCCAAAAUACUGAACUGUCCUAUCCAUGACAUUGAUAGUGGGGUGCCAACGCCAACACCGGAUCGCUGGAUCCGAUUUUUGUCAUGUCUGAAACCAUAUAGUUGAACGAUGGUAGCGCCCCUCUGUCAUUGAGUUUGGUGAGACAGUUCAGCGUGGGUCAUCUUUAACAAGGUUGUGGGCAUGCCCUCUAAUGAAUCCGCGCCUGCGCAAAACUAUCGUUAAAAAAUAUAUAUGUAUAGUUUAACAAUAGAUAAAUUUUAUUAUAGUCACUAUAAGUACUGGUAAUGGUAUUAAAUAAAUUAAUAAAGUGUUUUUGACAUAAUUUACA